AUGUCGAGACGCGGACUGACGAUUGCCGGCCUGGCCGUCGCUGGCGGUGCCGGAUACUACCUCUACUCGGCAGGCGGCGACCCCAAGGUUGCCCAGAAGAAAGUGGAAGCCGACGCCCACAAGAUCUCCGCCGAAAUCAAGAACGAUCUCCCCGGCAGAGGGAAGGAGGCAGAGAAGAAGGGCGAAGUGUUUGCGGCCCAAGCCGGCCGGGAAUUCGACAGGGCGUCUGCCGAAGCCAAAGCCAAACUCGCCGAGGCCGAAGCCAAAGCCAAGGAGGUCAGCCAGAAGACAGGCACCCAGAUCAACAGUGCCAUUGACAAGUUUGACAAGACGGUGGAAGAAAAGGCGGCCAAGGCAAAGAGCGGGAUCAGCAGCUGGUUUGGUGGCAAGUGA